GGCCCUGGCCCUGGCCCUGCCUCAGGCUGCCUCUGAGCCUGGUCCUGCAGCUCCGCCUCCUCCCAGACCUGGAUGCCCCUCCCAGCUCUGCCCGCCCCUGAGCGUGAGCCCCUCUCCGCUGACCCCCUGAGGGUAAACCCCUCCCCGCUGACCCCUGGCCUCUGUCCAGUGUUCCCAGGACUGCAGUCUGAGGAGUUCCUGCUGGACUCCAGCCCCGCCGCCAUGGGCAGCCCCGAGGGGCGCUUCCAUUUUGCCAUCGACCGCGGAGGCACCUUCACCGACGUCUUUGCCCAGUGCCCGGGGGGGCAUGUGCGGGUCCUGAAGCUGCUCUCAGAGGACCCUGCCAACUACGUGGACGCCAUGCCCAUGGGCCUGCCGUGCCCAUGGGGCGGCUUCCGAGACCUGCUGCACGUGGGCACCCAGGCCCGGGAGGACCUCUUCGACCUGGCGGUGCCCAUGCCCGAGAUGCUGUACGAAGAGGUGCUGGAGGUGGAAGAACGCGUAGUGCUGUAUCGUGGGGAGCCGGGCUCCGGGACGCCUGUCAAAGGCUGCACGGGGGACCUGCUGGAGGUGCAGCGGCCCGUGGACCUGGGGGCCCUGCGGGGGAAGCUGGAGGGGCUCCUNNUCUGCGGCAUCCGCAGCCUGGCGGUGGUCCUCAUGCACUCCUACACGCAGGUGCUGUUCAUGCGCUCCGAUGGCGGCCUGGCGCCCAUGGACGCCUUCAGUGGUUCCCGCGCGGUGUUGUCCGGCCCCGCUGGGGGCGUGGUUGGCUACUCUGCCACUACCUACCAGGCCGAGGGUGGCCAGCCUGUCAUCGGCUUUGACAUGGGAGGCACAUCCACCGACGUGAGCCGCUACGCGGGGGAGUUCGAGCACGUCUUUGAGGCCAGCACGGCCGGCGUCACCCUCCAGGCCCCCCAGUUGGACAUCAACACGGUCGCAGCUGGCGGGGGCUCCCGCCUCUUCUUCAGGUCUGGCCUAUUUGUGGUGGGGCCGGAGUCUGCAGGAGCCCACCCUGGCCCCGCCUGCUACCGUAAAGGGGGCCCCGUGACCGUGACGGAUGCUAAUCUGGUUCUGGGCCGCCUGCUGCCUGCCUCCUUUCCCUGCAUCUUUGGGCCGGGAGAGGACCAGCCUCUGUCUCCGGAGGCCUCCCGGAAGGCCCUGGAGGCUGUGGCCGCCGACAUCAACAGCUUCCUGACCAACGGGCCUUGCCCCGCCUCCCCACUGAGCCUAGAGGAGGUGGCCAUGGGGUUCGUGCGUGUGGCCAACGAGGCCAUGUGCCGGCCCAUCCGCGCCCUCACGCAGGCACGAGGUCACGACCCCUCGGCACAUGUGCUGGCCUGCUUCGGAGGAGCUGGCGGGCAGCAUGCCUGUGCCAUCGCCCGGGCCCUGGGCAUGGACACUGUGUACAUUCACAGACCGCUCCCUCGGGCCGGCGGGCGCAGGUACAUGAGGGAGUUUGGCUUCGUCAUCCCUGAGCGGUCGGUGGUGGUGGACGAUGUGCGGGUGAGGGGCACUGGCUGCAGCGGCCUUCGCCUGGAGGACGUCGCCAAAGCCCAGAUGGGGCCCCCUCGGGUAGACAAGAUGACCCAGUGCUACUUUGAGGGGGGCUAUCAGGAGACCCCCGUGUUCCUGCUGGGAGAGCUGGGCUACGGGCACAAGCUCCAGGGACCCUGCCUGAUCAUCGACAGCAACAGCACCAUCCUGGUGGAACCGGGCUGCCAGGCAGAGGUGACGGAGACCGGGGACAUCCGCAUCUCGGUGGGGGCCGAGACCUCCGGCACGGUGGGCGCCCAGCUCGACCCCAUCCACCUGUCCAUCUUCUCACACCGCUUCAUGAGCAUCGCGGAGCAGAUGGGCCGCAUCCUGCAGCGCACGGCCAUCUCCACCAACAUCAAGGAGCGCCUGGACUUCUCCUGCGCCCUCUUCGGGCCCGACGGGGGGCUGGUCUCCAACGCCCCCCACAUCCCUGUGCACCUGGGCGCCAUGCAGGAGACCGUGCAGUUCCAGGUUGGCCAGGUCCCUCUUCCCGCCCUUCUCAUCUGCCCCACCCCCAGCCCGCCCCUUCUCCUCCCCCAACCUGUGUUCUGGCCGGGUCAGACUCGACCUGUGUUCUAUGUGGCCAGCCGCGGGCACCACGCCGACAUUGGGGGCAUCACCCCAGGCUCCAUGCCCCCGCACUCCACCGCCCUGCAGCAGGAGGGCGCUGUCUUUCUGUCGUUUAAACUUGUCCAGGGAGGCGUGUUCCAGGAGGAGGCGGUCACCGAGGCCCUGCAGGCCCCAGGCAAGAUUCCCGGCUGCAGUGGGACGCGGAACCUGCACGACAACCUGUCAGAUCUCCGGGCCCAGGUGGCAGCCAACCAGAAGGGCAUCCAGCUGGUGGGGGAGCUCAUCGGGCAGUACGGCCUGGAUGUGGUGCAGGCCUACAUGGGCCACAUUCAGGCCAACGCGGAGCUGGCCGUGCGGGACAUGCUUCGGGCCUUCGGGUCCUCCCGGCAGGCCCGGGGCCUGCCUCUGGAGGUGUCUGCCGAGGACCACAUGGACGAUGGCUCCCCCAUCAGACUCCGCGUGCACAUCAACCUGAGUCAGGGCAGCGCGGUGUUUGACUUCAGCGGCACGGGGCCUGAAGUGUUUGGCAACCUGAACGCACCGCGGGCCAUCACGCUGUCUGCGCUCAUCUACUGCCUGCGCUGUCUGGUGGGCCGCGACAUUCCGCUCAACCAGGGCUGCCUGGUUCCGGUCCGCGUCGUGAUUCCCAAAGGCUCCAUCCUGGACCCUUCCCCGGAGGCUGCCGUGGUGGGCGGCAACGUGCUCACUUCGCAGCGCGUGGUGGACGUCAUCCUGGGGGCCUUUGGGGCCUGCGCCGCCUCCCAGGUGCGGCCCCGCGCCUCGUCUCUCCCUGCAGGGGGUGAGCCCGGUGCCCGCGGCCUAAACCUGCUGAUCCGCAAGGACGGCAGGACGGUGAAUCUGGGCGGGAAGACGUCGGUAUCCGUGUACCCCGGGGUAAGCUCUGUCUUCUGCCCCGUCCCGUCUCCCCAGCGGCGAUCGCCCCACGGAAGGGGCACAGAGUUGCAAAAGUAACUAGCGACCCGGUUUAAUUCGGCUUCUGGAGAAAAGGGGGCCGCAAACCCGGCUCCAUGGCUCGGGCUGGGCUGUGCAUGGGCUGCUGUGGGGAUGGGAC